AUGAGUUCCAGCUCAUCUGAUCAGGGUGUCAAAGCCACGGUACAGGCAAAAGAGAAGGAUGAAAGCCAAACGGAACUAAACACAGCGCCAAAAGUCCCAGAUCAGUUUGCGGACGAGAGUUUCAAGCUUUUCUCCAAAAUUCAAGUAGAAGAGCCCACACCCCAAGAAGCUCGUGAGAUUCGAAACAAAUGCUUGUGGCGGAUUCUUCCUUUUCUUUGCAUUGGAUAUCAUCUCAUGUAUGUGGAUAAACAGACAUUAGGCAGCUCAGCCAUUCUUGGGAUCAUGCAAGAUGCGCAUUUGGAUUCAAAUCAAUAUAACUGGCUCUCCUCGAUCUUCUAUUUUGGAUAUCUACUGGCAGAAUGGCCUCAGAACUGGGCAUUGCAAAGAUUUCCGGUGGCUAAAUGGUUGUCGGCAAAUUUAAUCAUAUGGGGCGGAAUAACAUUGCUACAUAUACCUUGCAACAGCUUUGCCUCUCUGUUUGUGGUGCGCUUUUUCCUCGGAGUAGCUGAGGCGUGCAUAGUGCCAGCAUUCUUGCUUUCAAUGUCAAUGUUCUUCACAUACGGAGAGCAGGCAGUCAUGAUGCCAAUUAUGUGGUCAAUUGGAAACUCAAGCCCAAUAACUUCUGGACUCCUUUCAUAUGGUGUACUUUGGAUCAAGACAGGGGCUUUUUCACCAUGGAAAUGGUUUAUGGUGAUAACUGGAGUUUUGACGGUGAUAUUUGGCAUCGCUGUCUAUUUUCUUUUCCCAGACAGCCCUCUUCACGCCGACUUUCUCACUUAUGAAGAGCGCGCGAAGGCUAUCCUACGAAUCAAAGAGAACCACUCUGGAAUUGAACAGAAGCUCUUCAAGAGAUACCAAUUCAUCGAGGCGUUGAAAGACCCGAAAACUUGGCUGUUUUUCUUACAUGCCUGGUCACAAGAAAUGGCCAACGGAAUAACCAACCAGUAUUCACUCAUUAUCAACUCUUUUGGUUUCACUAUUCUUCAGACAACGCUCUUGGGCUGUGUUACUGGCAUAGUAUCAUUUUUCUCCCUUAUAUCAGCUGCGACUGCUCUAUAUUAUACAAAGAACUCCCGUGCCUGGAUAUCUUUGAUUGCUUAUAUCCCAGGCGCUCUUUCCAGUAUUCUCCUUCUCGCUUUACCUUGGUCCAACCGCUGGGGCCUAAUUAGCGGUAUCUGGAUUCGAUCUACUGUUGGGAUUCCUUACGCCGUUGUGAUGAUUUGGGCGGCGAAUGCAUCAGCUGGACAUACGAAGAAAACAACAGUCAUUGCAUUGUAUCAUAUCGGCUACGGUCUGGGAAAUAUCAUUUCUCCCCAACUUUUCCGGCCAGAGUGGAAGGUGGCUUGCAUCCUUCCGUCUAUUGUAAUCGGAAUUCUCAGAUUCUACUUGAGUCAGGAAAACAAGCGUCGCGAUAGGCUUCAGGCUGAAGAUCAAGUUACCAGUAAUGGUAUUGUCGAAACAGUUGAUUCUGAAGGUGGAAAGGUAUCUCGCGUCGUGGACAAUAGUCAGAUGGAUUUGACUGACAGAGAAAACCUGACCUUGUAA